AUGGCGACCCAAACCCCAGCCGUUGUCAUGGACAACGGAACUGGUUAUUCCAAGCUGGGUUUCGCCGGCAACGACUCGCCCUCCUUCGUCUUCCCCACCGCAAUCGCAACCAAAGGCCCCGGCGGAGGCGGAGGCUCAGCUGGCUCUGGCCGACCUGCUGUCGGCAACAAGCCUUCGUUCUUGACUGGAGGUGCCGGCCCUACAGGUCAUCUGUCUGCAAAGAGAGGGACUGAAGAUUUGGACUUCUUCAUUGGAGAUGAAGCUCUCACCGCUUCCGCUGGUCCCGGAUACGGCCUAAGCUACCCUAUACGACAUGGCCAAAUCGAGAACUGGGACCAAAUGGAACGCUUCUGGUCGAACAGCAUCUUCAAGUACUUGCGCGUGGAACCCGAAGACCACUACUUCCUCCUCACCGAACCACCUCUCAACCCACCCGAGAAUCGCGAGAACACCGCCGAAAUCAUGUUCGAAUCGUUCAACUGCGCCGGUCUCUACAUCGCCGUACAAGCUGUCCUCGCUCUGGCCGCAUCUUGGACAUCAUCGAAAGUGCAAGAUCGAUCAUUAACGGGAACGGUCAUUGACUCGGGUGAGGGUGUGACGCACGUCAUUCCAGUCGCAGAAGGUUAUGUCAUUGGCAGUAGCAUCAAGAGCAUACCAAUCGCAGGAAGAGACAUCACCUACUUCGUACAAUCACUUCUGCGUGACCGAGGAGAGCCGGAUAGCAGCUUGAAGACGGCAGAGCGCAUCAAGGAGGAAUUCUGCUACGUAUGUCCAGACAUCGUCAAGGAAUUUGCCCGUUUCGACCGCGAACCAGAGGACCGCUUCAAGAAGUAUGAGGUCAAGCACCCCAACGGCCGCAGUGUAUCAGUCGACGUCGGAUACGAGCGUUUCUUGGCACCAGAGAUCUUCUUCAACCCCGAAAUCUACAGCUCAGAUUUCCUCACGCCGCUUCCAACCAUCGUCGACUCGGUCAUUCAGAGCUCGCCAAUCGACGUGCGAAGAGGCCUGUACAAGAAUAUUGUCCUUUCUGGAGGUUCAACUCUUUACAACCAGUUCGGUCGCCGCUUACAACGAGAUAUCCGCCAUCUGGUCGACGCACGCAUCACGGCAUCGGAAGUUCGCGCAGGCAACGCGGCGAAGAGCGGAGGCCUCGACGUCCAGGUCAUCACUCACAAGCGACAACGACACGGCCCGUGGUUCGGUGGCUCGUUGCUCGGCCAGACACCGGAAUUCAGAAGUUACUGCCACACCAAGGCCGAGUAUGACGAGAUUGGUCCCAGCAUUGUCCGGAGAUUCGCGCUGUUGGGAGGCCCGGGCAGUACUUGA